UCUCUCCGUGGCUGUCGGCUAACGUGCACGGAAACUCAGACUUGUUGAGUUAAACUUAUGCAGCUAAACUUUGUGCAAUUCAGACACUACUUGUGUUUUUAGCUAUAAGACAGUUGCGUCGUCCAAUAUGUAAAGAGACGGAAUUUUGUGAGUCUUUACAAAGGCAAGAAACUGCAAAAUUCACAUGUGGCGAAGCUUUAGCAUUUUUCUUUUGCUAGCUAGUUCAAUGUAAGGCCGUUUUGUUAUCGUAACUUUCACACGUCAGGCUAUUUUUAUUUUAACGUGUUCUCCAGAUAAUUAAACACUUUAAGUGGUUAUGAUGCAAGCUAAUGUGUCACAGUGGGAAGAUAGGUUUCUCUAAUUUAAGGAACUAGUAGCCAGCGGCUGGAGUUUCUUUUUUUUUUUUAUUAUUAUUAUUAUUUUUUCUUAUUUCCUUUUGGCUAUAUAAUAAUGUGACUGCGGUCCUGUAAACAGAAUGGACAGAGACUUGUUGAGACAGUGUCUAACUUAUCACGGAGAGCCACUGUUCAGCAAACUGAAAUUUGAACAAACGGAAAACCCAGACUUCCAGGCUGUGGUGUCUGACCUGUGCAAGGCCACGUAUGAAAGCAGAGGCGAGAAGCAGAGCAACCCGCUCGUGGAGCAGUUCAUUGCAAGAAAGGCCGACAUCCUUUUCUGUCCAUCAUGGAAGACUGCCACUCUUCAAGAAGAGGAGCACGAGGAGGAGGACGCUGCAGAGCCUUACGCCAUCAUGCCGCCGCUGGAGUUAUUCAUGGAGGUGUCGUUUGAGGAGAGAAGAGCCAUGAUGUACAGGGACUUGGAAAAGGGAGACAUCGUGGUGGGCAGGAUCAACAACAUCAGAGAGUACGGCUUCUUUCUCACUCUGCUUUGCACAUCUGGAGGUCUGAAGAGAGACAUAGAGGACCUCGAGUUGUCGGCUCUCUGCCACGUCAGGGAAAUUCCCUCCACUGGAAGCCACGACGAUCCCCUGUCCUACUACCAGACUGGGGACAUCAUCAGAGCUGGAGUGAAAGACAUUGACCGAUACCAAGAGAAAAUCACAGUGUCCCUCCAACCGGCCUGUCUUCCUCCCAGCUUGGAGCACAUCAAACUGGGUGUCAUCACCAGGGAGGAGCUGCCCACACACUACAGCCGCAGCGUUCGUGCAGCCAACGACUCCACUGAGACUUACGAGCGUAUACUCGGAGGUUGCCACGGUUAUCACAACCCCUCUGUGGUGGAAUUCCUGCUGAAAAAGGUGGGAGUUAGUGACACCCACCCACCGUCAAUGAUGCGAGGACUGCAAAGUAAACUUUUCCAAGAGGAGGAUUUUGCUUCUGCAAUCAGAAAGAAGCAAUCGGCGUCCUGGGCCUUGAAGUGUGUCCGUGCAGGUGUGGACCACUUCAAACAUGGCCGUCACGUGGAGGCCAUGAACGAAUACAACAAAGCCUUGGAAAUCGACACUAAUAACGUGGAAGCGCUGGUGGCACGUGGAGCUCUGUAUGCUAACAAAGGCAGCAUCGUGAAGGCCAUAUCAGAUUUCGAGAUGGCUUUGGAGAACUGUCCAGAUCACCGCAACGCCAAGAAGUACCUCUGCCAGACGCUGGUGGAGAGAGGAAAACAGCUUGAAGAACAGGAGAAACUGGUAACAGCAGAGGGGCUGUACAGGAAAGCCCUGUCUCUGGAUGACUCAAACCCUGAGGCACAGGACGCCCUGCACAAGAUCACAGACACCAUACAGAAAUCGAUCCGCCUGCGAGAAGAAGCGCUAGCUAAGGAGCAGGUGAAAGCUAAGAGCGGCCCGACGAGCGCCGAGAAAUUACGUAAGAUCCUAAAAGAAGAGAAGAGGAUGAAGAAAAAGCGGAAGAGGUCGUCCUCUUCUUCUUCGUCGUCCUCCAGGAGCUCAUCUUCUUCCUCCACCUCGUCCUCUCGCAGGAGGUCCAAAAAGAAAAAAAAGAAGCGCAGGAGGUCUGACCGCGGGAGCAAGCGCCAUCGCAGGAUCUCGUCAAGGGACAGCAGCAGGAGGAGUGAGGAUGGUAAGAGCGAGAAAGACAGGAAGGAGAGAGAGGAGGAUGAGGUGGAGUGGUAUCCCGCACCUCCCAACACCUCCGCCACUUUCCUCAACCAGAGGGGAGGCCCGGGGUUUGGUGUGAGGGACGGGGAGGAGGGGGAGGAGGUAGGACAGAAGGAUGUGGAAGACAGGAAGAUCAGUCAGCUGUACUCGCUGUCUGCAGCUUCAGAGGAGGAAGAGUCUGACUCCUCACGUAGAGAAAGGAAGGGAAGAGACAGAGAGGAGAGCAGAUCAAAGAAGAGGGAAAACAGUCAGAGUAGAAGCCCUGAGAGGAAAGAGAGGAGGGAUAAGAGCACGGAGGGAGGGAUGGAGGAUAACAGCAAAGACAGGAGAAACAGUGACUCCAAGAGGAGGAACAGCUUAGACGAGAAUCAGAAACGAAAAUCCUCCUGCUCCUCGGCCGAGUUGGAACAUUCCCGGAAAUCUAGUUUCCGUUCCGAAUAUUCAGAAAACUCUGCUUCAAAGCACCCGGAGAACAGGACGAGGCGCGGCUCCUCCAGCAGGAGCUCCUUCGACGGUGGUAGGUAUGAGAGCAGAGCGAGGCACGAACAUCCCGAGGGAGAAAGCGCAGGCAGAGAGAGGAGCGCGUCAGAAAGUGUCAGAAAUCAUAACGAGCAGAGCGGAACGAGGCCUAAGAAAGAGCUCCCUGCAAACCUGUUGGACAUUUUUAACCAGAUCGCCAAGUUCGAAAAAGAAAAAGGAGUGAAGCCAAAAAAAUGACAAAAGCAGAAUGUGCCAGUAUUAUGGAGAAGGUGUAGAUAUUUCUUCAUGAAAUCUUUCUGUGCAACAGUUAAAACACAGGCCAAAUCUGUUGAAUGUUCCCGUCGUUGCUGUUGUCAGUCAUAUUCUAUGUUAGAUAAACUUGUCAUUUUACUUUGAAAUGUCUUAUUCUCUAUGGUUAGACUUAAGGUCUGCUAGCAGCUGCAGUAAUUUUUCACAUAAUGGCUUGUCAAAAUGUGUCAAACUGUUUUAAAAUAAUACGUCAAGAUGUUAAUAAUAAUAAUUUAAACAAACACCGUGCAAGAAAUUGCAGAGAUUCUUACACUGAAGUGUUGGUUAUCACAUACUUUCGUUUAAAAGAAAACAGGAGGUUGUCUUUAACUCGAUGCUCAAAUACAUUUACAUGGACAAUAUUCCUUUAAACCAAAAUUAUUCUCAUCAAUGAUUUCAACUUAAUUAUUUACACUCAAUAAAAUGAUCUGAUCUUACUCGUGUUUACAUGCUAUGAAACAUAAUCACUAUAGGAGUUCAUUGUUCUGUUCUGCUGCUGUGAAGUGUCAGAUCUCCCAGAAAUGAAGCAGAAAAUACAUUUUUUACCAACUUUUAUGACUAAAUCCCCUCAAUAGAAGAUGACCAACAACUCCAUGUUUCUGUCACUCCUUGAAACUCUUCACCUGAUGUUUAUGCCACAAGAAACAAUGGAUUUAUUCCACCAAGAGAGAAAUCGGAUCAAAUGUUUACACGGUUAGUAGUAGCUAGCUUAGUAGCUAAUACUUUCACAUUACACAGAUUAUGUAAGGUUUACACCGCCCCAAUUAAUCAGACUGAAACAAAUCCUUCUCCUCAGUCCAGUCUGUUCUUGCUGAGAGACGUUUUUAUUCUGAUUACUAGUGAAAUAGCAGCGUCCAUGUAAACGCAGCAGGCUUAUGACGACGUUAACGAGUACUGCUGUUCAUGUUGUCAACGAUCUUCUUAACCAGGGACGUUUUUAGAGGACACCUACUUGUGUAACGACGUCAAUAGUCGCCACACCUGUCCAACGUGACGUGGAUUGAAUAAACCGCUGCCUGUAGAGGCUCCUUCCUUUGUAGUAGGAUUGUAAAAGAAGUCUUUCCAUUUACAUUUUAUGAACAUUUUGACAAGUCAUUGUAUCAGUUGGCACUACAGGCUUCGGUACCUUCUUGUUCUGUGACGUUGAGACUUUGUACUGUUAAAGGAAAAUAACUGCCUUAUGUUUACAGCCGAGUGCCAUUUUUCUGUGCGUUCCUUCUUUGGCUUCUUCCCACACAACCUGACUGUUAACGCUACAGGCUUCACAUAGUGCAGAUGUUCCAGCUGUGACCGCACACGUUUUGAUUGAGUCAAUAAAGCAUUUAAAAUGUCUUAAA